UUUUUUUUUCCUUUUUUUUUUCUUUCUAUCUCUUUUUUUUUGUAUCUCAAUGUCAGCAGCAGAAUAUAAAAAAAGUGAAAAUAAGCUUUGUUUUGACUGUGGGGCUCCUAACCCUCAGUGGGCAAGUAUUUCCUAUGUAUUUUCAUUUGUUUGGAUUGUUCAGGUGUCACCGUCUUUUGAAUUUAGUUUUGUUCGUUCCAUUACGAUGGAUAAGUGGUUUGAUGAUCAAUUAAAAAAGAUGGAGCUGGGUGUUGCAGCAGAUGCUGAAGGUCGUCCUUGGACUCCUACACCCUCUGUAAGAUCAAAUCCUCCGCCGGAGCUUCUAAAGUUGGUACGACGAGGUCAUAAACAGUCCAAACCGCUUGGCUCAACCUUAUCAAGCACACAACGCUCCAACUCUUCUAUCUCCAUGUCUGGCGGAUUUGGAAUUCAAGGUGAAUACGAUGCUAGAAGAAAUGGAGGAGGAAAUUCUGUGGACAUACAUGAAAUUAUUAAUGAUCCUCGUGUUGCUAUUGAAAAGGUAGAAUUUGGAAAAUAUGCAAACGAUAAUUAUGUGAAGCCUGCUGCACAACAAUUGGCUGAUCCCAACUUUAGAGGUCAAGUACGAGAUAAUGUUAGCAGCUAUGUCAAUUCGUUUACACAACCCAAGGUAACCAAAACACAAUAUCUAUACUCAUCCAAUUAUCAUCAAGCAAGUGUUCAUACCAAAAUGACUCUUACGCUAUUCUGGUAUGAAUUCGUCUCAUACAAACGACAUUCCCGACGAUGAUUUCUUUAAUUCCACCAUUCAUAACUUACAGUCUUCUGACGAUAACUGAGCGGUCGUCAUUCACCUGUAACACCUCCACUCACCAGCAAAGAACAGAUCUGCAGCCAAUAUAACUAGCUCUGUUAGAGCAAGACUAAUUCUUCAACAAAGAAGAAGUCAAAUGCAAACAAUUCAGAUGAUGAAUGGGGUGCAUGGUAAAAAGCAAGGAAAGAAAAAAAGUAUCUAGAACUUUAGAGACUUGAUUGCGUUAAAAGAAAAAAAACUAUUCAUCUUUUUUUUUUAUACAUAUAAAUAUCUAUAUCAUUACUAUCAGAA